GACCCUGGUCUUCCUUUCGAUCGAUCGGUGUACAAAGUCGUUAAACUGAGCCCCAACUUGGAGCCCUACCCCGCCAGCGUGGAGGGCCUGAACAGCCCCAGAGCGGUGGGGAUGGCCGCGACCUCGUACAUGACCCCGCCGAGCGGCGACCUGGACAUGGCCCUCGGAGGCGGUGGCUACCACACCUCGUCGCCGCGCUCGGCGGCGGACGCCGGUGAGAUGAAGUACAUGCAGCACCAUCACCACCACCAUGUGGCUGCCGCGGCGGCCGCCCACCAUCAGUUGCCCUCGUCGCCGUCGCCAAAUGGCCAGGGCAAUGGUACGGGCUUGGGUCUGGGACCCGGCUCCGGCCUGGGCUCCUGGAGUGCCCUCCAUCCGGACCCCUGGUCCCUGCCCACGCACCACACGCACCACCAUCCCGCCGCCGCCGCCGCCGUCGCCUCGGCGGCCGAUACCGUUAAGCAGGAGAUGCACCUCUCGCAGCAGACGCGCAUCCAGCAGGGCAUGGCAUCGCCCCACGCCGCCUGGCACGCCCCCCACGCCGGACACUAUGCGACCACGGGCGGCUCGCCGCUCCAGUACCACCAUGCGAUGAACGGGAUGCUCCACCAUCCGGCCCAUGCGGCUGCGGCGGCCCACCAUCAGAGUGUGGCGCCACUGCAUCAUGCGCUGCGCGGGGAAUCGCCCCAGUUGCACAUACACCAUCACAUGGGCGGCGACCGGGACGCCAUAAGCGGCGGGGAAGAGGACACGCCCACGUCGGACGAUCUGGAGGCCUUCGCCAAGCAGUUCAAGCAGCGCAGGAUCAAGCUGGGCUUCACCCAGGCCGAUGUGGGGCUCGCUCUGGGCACCCUCUACGGAAAUGUCUUCUCGCAGACCACCAUUUGCCGGUUCGAGGCCCUGCAGCUGAGCUUCAAGAACAUGUGCAAGCUGAAGCCGCUGCUGCAGAAGUGGCUGGAGGAGGCGGACUCCACCACGGGCUCGCCGACGUCCAUUGACAAGAUCGCCGCCCAGGGGCGUAAGCGCAAGAAACGCACCAGCAUCGAGGUGAGCGUGAAGGGGGCCCUGGAGCAGCACUUCCACAAGCAGCCGAAGCCCUCCGCCCAGGAGAUCACCUCGCUGGCCGACUCACUGCAGCUGGAGAAGGAGGUGGUGCGCGUGUGGUUCUGCAAUCGGCGGCAGAAGGAGAAGCGGAUGACGCCGCCGAAUACGCUGGGUGGUGACAUGAUGGACGGAAUGCCGCCGGGUCACAUGCACCACGGUGGCUAUCAUCCGCACCACGACAUGCACGGCAGUCCGAUGGGCACCCACUCGCACUCGCACAGUCCGCCGAUGUUGAGCCCACAGAACAUGCAAUCUUCGGCGGUGUCGGCGCACCAGUUGGCGGCCCACUAGCAAUCAGAAAUCCAGGAGUCGAACUCAGCUGCAGCUGCGUCCACUCCUGCAUCCCUCAAUAGUCUAAGCCAGCAACAACAGCAGCAGCAGCAGCAACAGCAACAACAGCAGCAGCAGCAGCAACACCAGCAACAGCAACAGCAGCAACAUCAGCAGCAGCAACACACACCGAAUACGCCGUCAUCGAGUGCGGGAUCUUCGGCUACGAUGACCAGCCAGGUGAUGUCGCCGCAGAGUCCGCUGGGCAGCUCCUCCGCUGGCAAUCAGGCUAACAACAAUAACAACAACAAUAAUAGUAGCACCAACAACAAUAAUAACAACAAUAAUAAUGAGGAGCAAGUUAAACACCAUCAGCAGCAACAACAACAGCAACAACAACAACAGCAGGCAUCCAGCAUAGCAGCCGCUGCAGCAGCCGCCAUGUACAUGGAUCCCAUGCGCUACCAACAUCCGCACCACCCGCAUCCGCAUCCGCACCAGCAUCCGCACCUGAAUCCCGCCCACCAUCCGCACCUGUUCCACACGAGCGAUCAGUUGCAGCACUCGCAGCAGCAACCCGUCGGCGGUACCAGCAGCAAUUCACAAUUGUCCCCGGGCGCCGGCAGCAAUAGUGGGCUACCGCUCCAGCCGCCCAGUUCCGCCUCGCCGGCGGGAUCCGCAUCCUCGGUGCUCGGCGGACAUCUCAAUCUGAAUCCGCUGCACCAGCACCACCACUACCAGCACCACCAUCACCAGCAACACCACCACCACCAGCAGCAGCAACAGCAGUUGCACGCCCGCCGCCUCUUCGAGCUGAGUCUGCAAUUCGGAGCGGCGGCGGCGCCGGGAGCGGUACGCCACUUCAACAGCUUCGGUGGGGCGGGCGGAGCGGGUGGGGAAUAGCAUUCGUCGGCCGCCUGGUUCGGCUAUGAGUCCUCCUAGGACUCGGCGUCGAACGGGUGGCCGCAGUUCAAGCGGGAGCAGCCCUAGAACCGUACAGUCGAACUUCUCUAACGUGAAUUCCAUGCACACAGAAGUAGUUUCCUGAAUUUGUACUAGCUCUGAGAUUUUUAGAAUGUUUCGUAAGUGAAAUUUUUAUAUUUGGAAUUUCCCUCUAUAAAUCAUAUGUUCUAACUCAGAAUACAAUUUUAACUUUACAACUCAAAUUCAAUUUUUAAAAGUUCCAAGUGCAUAAAAAGUUCUCAAAACAUUUUAAAGAAUCAAACUAAAUUGUGAU